AUGAGUCGAAAGAAGUCCAAGACUACUCUAGAAGAGCGUAAAAUAAUUUUUAAAUUGCACCAAGAGGGCAAAAGUUAUGUUGAGAUGGGAAAAAUAAUGGACAGAAGUAAAUCGACUAUCCAAUUCAUUAUUAAACGGAUAAAAGCAAGUGAUAGUUUGUUAAAUAACGAACGUACUGGAAGACCAAAGAUUUUAACCGUUCGAGAGAGAAAAACUAUGAUACGUCAAGUGCAACAAAAUCCUCAACUUAGUGCACCUAAGUUACCGACAAUGUGUAACGAUAUAUUCAAUAAGAAGAUUUCUGCUGAAACUUGUCGAAGAAUAUUGAGAGGUGAAAAUUUUUAUGGUCGAACAUCGAGAAAGAAGCUCUUCGUUAGUAAAAUUAACAGAAUAAAGAGAUUAGCAUUUGCGAAGAUGUACAGAAGUCAAAUUAAUACCUUUUGGAGAAACGUUAUUUCCUUUGACGAGUCGAAAUUUAAUAUUUUUGGAUGUGACGAAAGAGGAAAAGUUUGGAGAAAGCUUAAUAAAGAACUAGAAUUAAAGACUCUACAACCGACUGUAAAGCAUGGCGGAGGUUCUGUGAUGGCUUUGGGGCUGCAUGUCAGCAUCCGGAGUGGAAAUCAGCGCGAAUUAGCACGAGCCAAAAAUAUGAAAAAAACUGCAAAGAAAUCAGCUGCUGAACAAGACAGUAACAAAGGUCUAUCGUUGGAACAGCGUAAAGCACGAGAUGCGGAACGAAUGAGAGAAAAACAACUGAAGAAGCAGCAAGACCAGGACAAAGUUAAACAAUGUGCAAGAUAA